AUGGGUAUUUACAACAAGCUUGCCGACGACAUCGAUGAGGUGGACGUUAUCAUCGCAGGAGGAGGUACCGCUGGCUGUAUCAUUGCAGGUCGUCUCGCGGAGUCGGAUCCUGACCUCUCCAUUCUUGUCAUCGAAGGCGGUGCAAAUAACAAAGAUGUAGCGAGCGUCGUGCACCCUGUCUUCUAUCUGCAGAAUCUCCUGCCAGCUACCAAGACUGCACUCUUCUACAAGGGCAACAAGGCAAAGCAACUCGCUGAUCGCGAAUGCAUUGUCCCUUGCGGAGGCACACUGGGAGGUGGCAGUUCCAUCAACUUCAUGAUGUACACGCGUGCACAGCGCUCAGACUUUGACUCCUGGAACACUCCGGGCUGGAGCGCCCAUGAAAUGUGGCCAUUUUUGAACAAGCUGGAAACAUACCAUGGGCCUGGUGAGAAGAAGCACCACGGUCAGAGCGGACCGAUACAUGUCUCCGACGGUGGAUUCCGUGCCAAGGCAUCAGAAGACGACUUCAUCCGCGCAGCUGGGGAGAUUGGAUUCCCUGAGAUCGAGGAUCUCCAAAAUUUAGAGAACAACAACGGCUUUCAGCGCUGGCAACGAUACGUCAGUCCCGACGGCAAGCGCCAGGACACCGCACACAGAUACGUCCACCCGAAACUUGAAGAUGAGAAACAUCCGAACCUACACGUCCUUGUCGAAUCCAAGGUCGUGCGCGUCUUGUUCGACGAGAAUAAGCGCGCAUCAGGUGUCGAAUACACACCCAAUCCCGAAUUCCAAAUGGAGAUUGGUUUGACUGGCCAUCCUGUGAGAUCUGUGAAGGCUCGCAAGCUCGUUGUCUUCACAUGUGGUGCGUGUGGUACUCCACCCGUUCUUGAGCGCUCUGGUGUAGGCGAGAAGAAGAUUCUCGAAAGGGCUGGUGUACCUGUUGUAGAAGACCUUCCUGGUGUUGGUAAAGACUACCAAGAUCACCACCUGUUGCUGUACCCAUACAAAACCAGCCUUGCGCCCGAGGACACAAUCGACGGCGUUUUGAGUGGCCGCAAAGAUGUUCCCAAGAUGCUCGAGACUAAAGACAAGAUGUUGGGCUGGAACAGUAUUGACGUCUCGGCCAAGUUGCGCCCUUCAGAAAAAGACAUCGACGCUCUUGGGCCUGAGUUCAGAGCCGCAUGGGACAGAGACUUCAAGAACGAAGCCAAUCGGCCACUCAUGCUGUGCGGUCUGAUCAGCUGCUUCUUAGGCGACCCUACCACCGUCCCAGCUGGUCAAUAUGUUACGACCGGCACCUAUACUGCUUACCCUUACUCAAGAGGACACAUGCACAUCACCGGUGCUAAGCAUGAUGACCCCCUCGACUUCGACGUCGGAUUCUUCAAUGACAAGAACGACAUUGAUCUGAAGAAGCAGAUCUGGGCGUACAAGAUGCAGCGUGAGAUUAUGCGACGAACCAAAUUCUACCGCGGGGAACUCGCAGCAGGCCACCCCAAGUUUCCAGAGGGUUCUGCUGCCGCCAUCGCCGAGACCAUCGAUGCUCCAUUGGAGAAUAUCAAGGAUAUCGAGUACACCAAGGAAGACGAUGCGGCCAUCGAGCAAUGGUUACGUGAAAACGUCAAUACGACUUGGCAUUCACUUGGCACGUGCAAAAUGGCACCGCGGGAGGAUUAUGGUGUCGUCGACAGAUCUCUGAACGUGUAUGGUGUCAAGGGCCUGAAAAUUGCGGAUCUGAGUAUCCCGCCGCAAAAUGUAGGUGCCAAUACGAACAAUACCGCGUUGGUAAUUGGCGAGAAGGCUGCGGAUAUCAUCAUCGCGGAGCUGCGGGGAGGUGCUGGAACACCAUGA